UUUGGAUGAUGGAAAUUAGAGGAUUUUGGAUUUUAGAGGAGUCGGGCUCUUAGAGAAAUGGGUUGUGAGGAUACUGAGGGAGCAUGAAGACUUCUGUGAGACUCUUUAUUAAUUUUGGAGGAUUUUGAAAGAUUCUUAGAGGCACCAAGCACAUCUAUGAUGGGUCUUUCAGGAGUUCUAAAGUUCUUGGAGGGUCCAAUCGACAGGUUUUGAGGUUUUGUUCAGGAGCUGCUAAUUAAUAAUCUAAAUCAAGAAAAACAACUGAGAAAGAGAUUUCGAGCAAGUUUUAACUUCUUCUGUAGAGAUGAACUAGAUGAUCUCUCCUUAGUUUUCCUUAGCUCCAUCGCUCUAGUCGAUAUAAAGAAGGAGAAGGAACCUAACUCAUCUCUACAGUAGAAGUCAAAACUUGCUUGAAACUUCUUUUUCAGUGGUUUUCUUGAUUGAUAGGAUUAAUUGGCAGAUCCUUAAGAAAAUUUCAAAACCUGCUAUUUGAGUCCUCCAAGAACUUUGGAAUCCUCGAAAGACUGACCAUAGAUGUACUUGAAGCCUUUGAAGGGUUGUUGAAGGCCUCUAGAAAUAAGGAGGAACCUCAUAGAAAUUAUCCUAUUUGCUCAGGAUCUCUGUGAAUCAUUUUUUCGAGGAUUCUGAUUUCUUUGAAAUUUAUUAUGUUUUAAUUUACAAUGUC